AUGGAGUCUCUGGAGCACCUCCCCCAGGAGGCGGUACCACCCACGCGGGACAACCCCUACGGAGGUCAAGAGGCCAGGAACAUGGCAUACGCACGAACGAGAAGCUCGCAAGGGCAAGGGGGGCAAGCGUUCCUGAGAGCGGCUCCCACCGACCGAGCUCGAGAGAUUCCAUCGAACGAAUUCGUCUACGCGACGAGACGCGCCUUGGGAGUUGAAGAAUUCUUGGCGGAAAGAUGUCCCAGGUGCCACAGAGGCAGGGAAGGCGAGAUCAUCACAACGGUGCACGCAAGGACCUGUCGAAGGGAUGGAGCACAGGUCAACAUGCACGAGCCGUUAAAAUACGCACUAUCGAGAGCACUCAACGGCCUUCGCGUCAAACACGACGUUGAAAGCGGGGCACCGUUCACGGGGGAAAGAAACCUGAGCAUGGACAUCGUCAUCAGGCCAGGAGCCCUCACGAACGCAUCUUCUCCGGGGUACCGCAACAAAGGAAUACUCCUCGAUGUCACACACGCAGACCCGCAAGCACAGGUACACUUGCGGAACGGCAGCGCGACCAGCGAUGGAAUCGCAGCCCAAGCAUCCGAGGCGCGAAAGCGUCAGCACUACGCUCGUCCGGGACACGUGUCCUUUGACGAACGCAGCUUUAAACUUACCACCUUAGCCGUGGAAAGCUUUGGCCGCCUUGGAGAGGAGGGUUACGAGUUCAUCGAUGAACUUGCGACACAUGCCGUGGGAGGAAGGGACGGAGGAACGAUGGCUCUGAAAGGAGUCUUCAAGGAACGACUUCUUCAGGUCGUUUCGGUGGCUACACAGGUGGCCAUAUCUCGGCGAGUGCAGAGGUACAAGCUCGCAUUGCGCGGGCGUCAAGACGCCGAAAACAGGCGAACAAGAUCGACCUCGGACCAGUCAACGCCAAUGAUAUGGGGAUGGAGUGUAGACGCAUCGUAGAACGCGUUUUCGUUUGAAGUUGGCGUCUUGUUUGAGAGUAGAUGUGACAGAUUUGCGUAGAAUAGGGUAAGAUGUUAUCAUGAACGGAGAUGAAAGGGCUUUUCCAACACGGAGAUGUAGCAUGGAUCAAAGCAUUUGUUGGAUUUCAGCUUUUACAAGCGGACAUCAACGCAGUAGUAUUUUAGCAAGCUUACGAACGCAUAUAGGAUACCAUGAGGAUUGUCAUUGGUUUUAUUUCAAGUUGAAGGGGAGAUGUUUUUACGAUUUAAGUGACAGUAGAAAUAAAUCCUACAUAUGUUGUUGCACUUCGUUUUUUUUUUUUUUUGCCUUCCGACAAUUGCAGAUGUACCUCAGAAAACUUUCACUUAAUGUCUCAUACUCUACAUGAAUAUUAAACCAAUACGAAGUACAACAACAUAUGUAGGACUUAUUUCUACUGUCAUUUACAUCGUAAAAGUAUCUCCUCUUCAACUUACCAAUGACAAUCCUGAUGGUAUCCUAUAUGCGUUCGUAAGCUUGCUAAAAUACUACUGCGUUGAUGUCCGCUUGUAAAAGCUGAAAUCCAACAAAUGCUUUGAUCCAUGCUACAUCUCCGUGUUGGAAAAGCCCUUUCAUCUCCGUUCAUGAUAACAUCUUACCCUAUUCUACGCAAAUCUGUCACAUCUACUCUCAAACAAGACGCCAACUUCAAACGAAAACGCGUUCUACGAUGCGUCUACACUCCAUCCCCAUAUCAUUGGCGUUGACUGGUCCGAGGUCGAUCUUGUUCGCCUGUUUUC